CGGCCCGCAGGAGCGGGCAGCCCCGCGCAUGCGUCCUGCGCGGGGCCGCACGGCGCCGGGCGUCAGGGAAGUCUGUGACCAUUUCCGGGUUGGGCGGCGGCACCGGCACCACCACCACCGCUGGCACCGGCACCGGCAUCGGCACCAUGUCGUGCGCUCUGGUCCCUUUCGGUCACUUCCAGGACCUGGAGGCGGCUCGCGACUUCCUGGUGCCGCAGCGCCGCCGGGGCAGCCCCGCUGCCGGCAGGGAGAGCGCAGGCAAAUCAACAAGCUGGGAAGACAGUGGCUGGGGAGCUUGGGAUGAAGCAGAAUUACAAGAACCUGAAGAAGAGGAAUCUAAUUCCAAGAAUCAGAGAAAUUUCUGGCUUCAAGACUGUGUGUUGUCCUUGUCACCAACAAAUGACCUGAUGGUAAUAGCUAAUGAACAGAAAGCAGUCUUUUUAGUGCCUAAAUGGAAGCACAGUGACAAGGGAAAAGAAGAAAUGCAAUAUGCUGUUGACUGGAGUGGCUCUCUAAAUGUUGAAGAAGGUGAAUGUGUGAGUAGUGUAUUGUGUAUUCCAUUGGCAAGUCAGAAGAGGAGUUCCACGGGCCGUCCUGACUGGACCUGCAUUGUGGUUGGCUUCACCUCUGGCUAUGUUCGAUUUUACACUGAGAGUGGAGUACUGCUUCUUGCACAGCUUUUAAAUGAAGAUCCUGUCCUACAGCUUAAGUGCAGAACCUAUGAAAUUCCCAGACAUCCUGGUGUCACAGAACAGAAUGAAGAACUAAGUAUCUUGUACCCAGCAGCAAUUGUGACAAUUGAUGGUUUCAGCCUCUUUCAGUCGCUUCGUGCAUGUCGCAAUCAGGUGGCAAGAGCUGCAGCAUCUGGCAAUGAGAAUGUUCAGCCUCCGCCAUUAGCUUAUAAGAAAUGGGGUUUGCAAGAUGUGGAUACAAUUGUUGACCAUGCUAGUAUUGGCAUCAUGACACUGUGUCCUUUUGAUCAAAUGAAGACUGCCUCCAAUAUAGGUGGAUAUAAUGCAACUAUAAAAAACAGCCCACCUUCUAUGUCUCAGUAUGUUACUGUUGGAUCCAAUCCUUUCACUGGUUUCUUUUUUGCCUUGGAGGGUAGCUCACAGCCACUGUUGUCUCAUGUUGCUUUAGCAGUUGCAAGUAAACUGACUUCAGCAUUAUUUAAUGCUGCCAGUGGCUGGCUCGGUUGGAAGAGUAAACAUGAAGAAGAACCUGUCCAGAAACAGAAACCAAAAGUUGAGCCUGCAACUCCAUUGUCAGUGAGGUUUGGACUUCCAGAUUCCCGUCGCCAUGGUGAGAGGAUAUGUCUUUCUCCAUGUAACACUUUGGCAGCAGUAACAGACGAUUUUGGAAGGGUCAUUUUACUGGAUGUUACAAGAGGACUUGCAGUUCGGAUGUGGAAAGGAUACCGUGAUGCAGAAGUUGGUUGGAUACAGGCUGUGGAGGACCUUCAUGAGAGGGAAACUGAGAAGAUGGAUUUUUCUCCUUUUGGAAAUGCACAGGGUCCAAGCAGAGUAGCUCAGUUCCUUGUGAUCUACGCUCCAAGAAGAGGCAUUCUGGAAGUGUGGAGCACGCAGCAAGGGCCUCGGGUUGGAGCCUUCAAUGUGGGGAAAUAUUGUAGAUUGUUGUAUCCUGGUUAUAAAAUAAUGGGUCUAAACAAUGUGACCAGUCAGGGAUGGCAGCCCCAGACUUACCAGAUAUGCCUUGUUGAUCCAGUCUCUGGAAGUGUUAAAACUGUUCAAGUACCUUUCCAUUUAGCACUGAGUGACAAAAAGAGUGAGCGAGCAAAGGAUAUGCAUCUAGUGAAGAAGUUAAAUGCUUUACUCAAAGCUAAAACCUCAGAUCCAGAUUUGAUUGAAGCUGAAGCAAAGGAAUUAAUACUUGAUAUCAAAUACCCUGCUACAAAGAAACAGGCUCUGGAAAGUUUAUUGACAAGUGAACGUGUGCCACUUUCAUCUCUCACAAACAUCACUCAGACAUUAAUGGAUAAUUUAAAAAAACAGGAACUGGAGUGUGUGGAUGAAGGACUACUGCAGUUCUGUGCAAGCAAGUUAAAGCUAUUACAUCUUUAUGAACUAGUUAGCAAACUAAAUUCCCAAACCAUACAGAAGGACACUUCACCUUCAGAUAACGAUUUGGCUAAACUGCUUCGUCUGGAAGAAAAAGAUUUUCAUAGGCUUGAAACUUUACUGGAGAACUACAAGAAAGAAAACAUCCAAACUGCUGUUGGGUUUGAUGAUGAGAAGGACGAUGUAUUGUCUGUGAAAAUGUUCUUGGAAUAUUUGGAAUAUGGAAAGGAUGUGAUUAAUGUGAAAAAUAUGGAAGAUGGAGAAUACGUGGCUUUAGGCAGCUUUUUCUUCUGGAAGUGUUUGUGUGGGGAGAGUUCCACAGAGGAAAUGUGUCAUGCAUUGGAAUCAGCAGGUUUUAGCCCUCAAGUCUUGUUGUCACUCCUCCUCAAUUUAUGGCUUUCCAAGGAAAAAGAUAUUCUAGACAAACCAGAUUCUGUCAGUUGCCUUCACGCUAUGCUGUCACUUCUGAGCAAAAUGAAAGUUGCCAUAGAUGAGUCGUGGGACACUCAGUCCAGUUCUCCCUGGUGGCAGCAAAUGCGCUCGGCUUGUGUUCAGUCUGAAAACAAUGCUGCUGCGUUGCUGUCUGCUCACGUUGGGCAUUCUGUAACUGCACAGAUAAUUGACAGUGUGACAGAGAAAAAGUUUUCCCAGAUAAUUGUAGGUUCGGACACAGAAUCCUGGGAAGCACUUUCUCUUGAUGCUGAAUAUUGGAAACUUUUGCUGAAGCAGUUAGAGGAUUGUCUGAUACUUCAAACGCUACUGCACAGCAAAGUGAGCACAAGGACAAAAAGAGUUUCAUCACUCCAGACUGAGCCUUUGGGCAGACUUUCUGUAAAGAAAUUGCUUGAAGCUGGAAAAGGAGGAAUUGCUGAUGCUGUAGCAAAGUGGGUUUUUAAGCAAGGCUUCCAUCCUGUUGUGCUGAAUUUGGCCCAAUGCAAAACCAAUACACAUAGUACUGAGGAAUCUGUAGAAAUGCGUACUAAUGUCUUUCUUGAGGAACCACAAGCAGAUGCAGGCUUGGAAACAGUCCUAGAGUUGCUGCAACUAGCAUAUCAGCAGUUUCCAUGUAGUCUUGAAGUGGAUGUCCUUCACGCACAUUGCUGUUGGGAAUAUGUAGUGCAGUGGAAUAAGGAUCCAGAGGAAGCAUGUUUUCUCAUUAGGUCUAUAGAUCAUCUGAGAUGCAUCAUUAAUGCCCACGUACAGCACGGUAUCGCUUUGAUGAUGUGGAACACGUUCAUAGUAAAAAGGCUUUCUUCUGCCACGUAUCUGAUGGACAAGGUUGGAAAAGCUCCGAAGGACAGAUUAUGCAGAAGGGACGUAGGGAUGGGUGACACAGCAAUGACAGCUUUUCUUGGCUGCUGUUCACACCUUCUGCAAACGUUGCUAGAGGCUGAUGUUGGCAGUGACGAAAUGCAGGCUCCUGUCUUAGAUACUGAAGAUGCCUGGGUGGCAGUGGAAGGACCAGUAUCCAUAGUAGAACUGGCCCUCGAGCAGAAGCGCAUUCACUACCCACUUGUUGAACACCAGUUUGUGUUAUGCACGAUCCUGUACGCCAUCAUGAGGUUUUCGCUGAAGAGUGUGAAGCCUCUUUCACUGUUUGAUAGCAAGGGCAAAAAUGCGUUUUUCAAGGACCUUACUUCAAUUCAGCUGCUACCUAGUGGGGAUAUGGAUCCAACUGUGUUAUCUGUACGACAACAAUUCUUGGUCAAAGUUGUGAGUGCAGCGGUUCAAGCGCUGUGUUCAUCACAAAAGGCCAAAGAAGUCUCAGAAGAGGAAUUGUUUCCUUUUGAAAAGGGGAAGAAUUGGCCAACUCUGGCUGUGGACCUGGCUCAGCAUCUUCAAAUCUGUGAGGAUUUGGUCCAAAGGCAUUACGUCUGUGAACUGUAUAGUUAUGGGAUGGAUCAUCUUGGUGAAGAGGCCUUUCAUCAGGUGGCAGACAAAGAAGUACUUGCGUCACAGCUGCUCAUCCUGGCUGGGCAGAGACUGGCCUUCGCUUUACUCCACACACAGAUGAAGGAGGGUAUGGAACUCCUUGCUAGGCUUCCUCCAACACUGUGCACUUGGCUCAAAGCUAUGGACCCCCAGGAACUGCAAAAUGUGGAAGUGCCAAUUGCAACAACAGCUACACUGGUGAACAAAGUAGUCGAGCACUUACCGGAGAACCACGGGCAGUAUGGCCUGGCCCUGAACCUGUGUGAGGCAGCGGCAGCUCUCUCCUCCUGACAUCCUCGCCCAGCCCACUGCUGCUCUUCUGUGCUGUCCUGCAUGAUUUUCACGCAGCGAGGCCAAACUUCACAGAAAGAAACUUCCAUCUGGCUCUCAUUAAACGAGGAAAAGAGCGGUGUUUCCCACCCCAGAAUUUCAGAGGUGGUAAUUAGGAGUGUACGUUAAAUUCCACGCUGGUACACGGGCGUUUCGUUUCCAGUACACUUGUCGGUAUCUCAGAUGCUUUGGUAUUUAUUUCUGACUUCAGCGCUUUCUGCAGUAGCCUAAAUUGGAGCUGUUUGACAGCAGUUUUAGCCUAUUUACCAAGUGACAUCUUGUGGAAUUCUGUAUUUCAUGCCGGCAGUAACUGCUUGGUUUCAGUGUUCCGAGUAUGAUUUGUUUUGCAAACCAAGCCCGAGAGUUACACUCGAGGAAAGCUACAGUCUCUGAGGUCACCAGCCCAUAGUGUUUUUUCCAGAAGCUGUAGAGUUGGUGUUGGGCUCAUGCCUUGGAACUGCAGCGUACGUGGGGCGAGGACUGCACUAGACAAGAGAAUGGGACAUUCUGGGUCCUGACACAAAGGGAGAACAGCCCACCUGAGAAACAGCUUUGGAAGGAGAAUACAGUUCUCCCGACACAAGUACAGGCUCCUCUUUUAGUUCACGUCUCCCAGUUGUUGCCCUUAGAGCGCUGGGCUUCAGCUAAAGCUGGAUUUACAGCCCUUUCCUUUAUUAUUAAGCUCUGCUGAGUUUAAGUAGGUCAAAGAACAUCUUGCUGGAAGGUUGUUCCCCCGUUCUCUCUGUAGAUGUAGUAUGCGCUAAAUCUCUGCACAUGUUAACUUGUAGUCAAAAACUGCUUAAGAAGUUGACCCAACUUCACUGAAGAUACAUAGUAAGGGGUACCUUAGCCUUAAAACCCCAGUUCUAUUUACAGUACCUACAGGGAAUCAUAUAGUGAGUAUCUUCACUAUGGGAGUGGUAUUAAAUGUGAUUAUGUUGCAUCAGUUAGUACUGUUGACUUCCUACAUAAAGGAAGCCAGGAGAGAAAAAUGAAAUUGGUGUAAACUGUUUUUGUCUUAAGUCAGCUGAAAGGACUAGCUCCAUCUUGUAACCUGCUCCUCUUGCAUCAUAUGUAAGAAACAGUCAUCAUAUUCUGCCUUCAGGGAGCCAGAAUUUGGUCUUACCUUUCUCAAGUAUGUGCUGCUGUCAUCUAAGGGUUAGACUCCCCCUAUAAAAACAAUGGUAAAGAAGGGGGCUUGUUAUAUACAGCCUCCUUCCCCUGCUCAGCAGCCCCAGCUCCUAAUCACUGCACUGCCCUCUAGCUGAUGGUUUCUUGGAAGGUUUUGAUACUAAACACUUGACUCCUACAGUGAUACGAGAUCAGAUAGAACAAAGUAGAAUAAGAGUUGUAGUAGGGAAUAAGUGUCCAGCCCUGCUCUCUGUUUUAGGUACUUCUGUACUGAUUUCCAUCACUGAGCUUAAAACAGCUGUAGGGAAGAAAAAAUGGAAGCAGGCAUGAUAGUAGAGGUGACUUUACCACUUCUGAAGUGACUUCAGCACUUCAAACUUCUGCAGAACUGGGAAUGCUAGAGAUCAUGGAACCUGAGAAGAACCAAACCCCUUUGAGUUGCAUUACAUUCCUGUAUCCUGGUACAGCUGUGUAAAGGAUUUUAUGGUAAUUGAGUAUCAUGUCAGAGCUGACACACUACACCAAUCAAAUCUGUAAUGUAUUGUAAGUAAUACUCUGUAUAUAGUGCUAUUUUGUGUCUAAUUUGCUGUGGAUUUGUGUAAAUUGAUUAAAUAAAAUUUGAGGUUUCA